AUCUGCGAAUGUCGAACUUCGCGCGUGAAGCCAACUUUAUGGGAGUCCUUGUCACCAUGGCGACGGGGAAACGAUGGAGCUGUUAGCCUGGAGAAUGGAUUUACUUUAUCAGGACGUUUAAAACUCACCUUUCAAAUCAACAACAACAACAAUAAUAAUAAUAAUAAAAACACGAACGAGGAGCUAACGUUUUUCCUGCUCUCAAAAUUAGCGACGUACUUCUCAUAGUAUCUCAUUAACGGUUUAAUCACCGCCGCACGUUGUUAGCAGGUUAGCUAAAAUAGCUAACAUUAGCUAGAGUUAGCCACUGCACUAGCCAUGGGUGAGAUUCGUGUUGUUCCGAGCGGAAAGAUUUACCGACAAAUGUUUGACGCUCAGGCUCACUUGUCUCUGUCUCUUCAUGAGAGGAGGAGGCAGCGUGCUGCACAUGCAGGUUGUCUGAGUGGAGAUAACACUGAUACUGGAUCCCAUCAGCAUCCUUUAAGGAGUCAAACUGAGCAGUGCUCUGAGGACACCAUGAGAAACCAGCUGUUUUCAGGAACGAAACCUGCAUUAAGUGUAGACCAGGAUGAUCAGGAAGAGACCACAGGACUGCCUGACCGUGUCGUUUCGGAAAAGUCGGGCUCAGACAUCAUUGAGCGACUCAUGGAGAAAAAACAAAGGGAGCACAUGGAAGCUGUCACUCAGCUCCAGAGGGAUCUUAUUGAGCUCAGUGCGGGUUAUGAGACAUUGUUGAAAGAGACUGGGGAAGAUUUCCUUCUCAAACUGUCAGAAUAUGAUGAGGAGGUGGAGAGAUUGAUGCAUGGUGAUGAUUUAGAAGCCUUGAGCUUUCAGGAUCUACACAAGAUUUGGACCUCUGUGAGCCACGAGUUUGCUAUGAGGAGAAAUUGUAUCCAGGAGUUGGAUGAGUUGCUUGUCAAAUAUGAGAUUGAACGAGCAGCAAUGAUAGCUGCAGUGCUUAGGAAAUACACAAUGACACUUGAAAAAAUCAGUUAUGUGAUGCCUGGUGAUGUCCACCGUCUAAUUAAUAAUGAGGCUAUGAUGAUGAAUCAAGCAUUACUAGCAAACAGACGAGCUUUAGCCAAACUACGUUUGAACCUGAUGGAGAAAGAUUUGCAGAAAGAGGUUCUUUACCACAUGAGAUGGGAGACAAAGCUUCAGGACUGGAAAAAAAUGAAGGUUGUUACCGCAGUAAGCCAGUUUAAAGACUUCAUGAACAGCCCUGAGAUUCAAAACCCCAAAAAUGUACAAGACACUUUCAGCACCAUGCGGACAAAACAAAAAGUGUACAGUGAGCAACGGCUCAAAAUCUUAGAGCAAGUCAGAAAUAUGACCCCACCAAACUGCUCAAAAUCAUCCACUGCUGAAUGGUACUCCUCUUUAUCUUCAGUUAAUGAGCAAAUUGAUCGCAUGCACACCGAGACCUUGACAAAACUGCAUGAAUAUUACGAGAAUACCUGGCAAGACUGUUCUCUGGAAGUUGAACGCUUUAAGAAUGAACUGUCUACCUGCGGACUCACAUCAGACGAGAUACAGGAAAUCGUUAAUUGUGAGAUGGUGCCUCUUAUUGGCAAGUGCCAGACCCAAGAAGAGGAACGUUUAGCAGCAAUGGAAAAAGCACGUGAGGGUUUGGCCAAAACUGCUGCAUUCUUGAGUAAGUCUUUGUUCGAGUUUGCGCGUGGGGCAGCUAAUGUCUGGGAGAUGCACAGUGCAGGUCUGCAGAGGAAAGAGCAGCAGCUGCAGAAUUAUCUAGAGGAAGUCCGCAAGAACUAUGAAGAAAAGAAUCAAAAAAAAGAGGCUCGGUUGGAUGUGAUGAUGGACAAACUCCGGCAGGAAAGCACAGAGGAGGCCCUCCAAGCUGCACUGGAGCAAAUACUUAAGUUUUUAGAGGAAAUUAAAGAAGGGUAUGUCAAUUUCUAUAAGGAAGGUGUUGAUACAGUGGAGCGUUAUCCUGUAAUGGUCCUAGAAGAAAUCCACGCAUACAGCGUAGCAGUCAGUCAAUACUUCAGCGUCAAAGAAAUAUACAGUCAGGACCCAGAGGAGCUUCAGAUACUUUAUCCUUCACUUACCCUGCGUGCAAGUCGCAUAAAGAAGUCGCCGCCCUCAGUAAAUCUUUCCCCAAAUGCUUUCCAGAAUGUUACUCCUCAAGCACACACUCCUGAUUUAUCCCACGCUGAGGAGAAUAUCGAUUAUUUCUCACAGGAGCUCAGAGACUCUCAAAGCGAAACUUUCACAACAGCAAAGGGAAACGUCUACAGCUGCCCCGUAAUCCAGUGUGAUGACGCAGAAGAGCAUUUGAAAGUUAUGGAAGUGGAAGCAGUUUUGUAUCCAGAAAGCCUCAUAGUGGAAUUACAAAGAGAUGUGAGAGAGAAAUUCUUUAAUCACCUUGAGGAGAGGAGCCAGGAGGUUCUGAAUCACACAGUGGUCAUCAUGGACGCCAAGAAAGAGAAGCUAAAGUCUGAACUGGAUCUCCGCCUCCAUCUCCAUCAGCCUCGAGCCAAGAGGAUUGAGAUGGACAUUCACAAUGUCCGAGCAGCUGAACUGAUCUUGCAUGAAGAUCGUGUGGAUCGACACUGCAAAGGCAUUCUUCAGGCUCUAGCUGAUUUGCGAACCGACUUCGACAACCUCCAGGAGACACGGCGCAAACUAAAUGAAGGCUUUCGUGCUAAAAUCCACAGCAAGGAGGACACAUUAUACACUGCUACCAAGUCUUACACGCUGGUGAAACUCAGUGCUUCAGUACAAAGCAGCUUGGCUGAACACAUGAAUGGCAUCCAGGAAUUACAGAGGCAAUUUAGACAAAAUGUGGAGAUCAAAUUUGAGGGCCUUAGAGAGGCCAAUGCACAAUUAAUGAAACAUUUCAAGCUGUUUGUCGAAGGAGGUAAUUUUACCCCGAAAGAGAUUGAGAAAUACAGAAAGCAUCUAGAGAAGGUGGCUAAGCGCAUUGACUCAGCUGACGAGGCUCUAAUGCUGGACAUGAAGGGCACAGAGUCCAAAUACCUGGACCAGGCCAAAGAGGUCAUCAGUAAGUUUGAAGAGAAGCUCCAGUUUCUGAAAGUGGAUCUAAUGUUUCUUGAGAAAAUCCAAAGUGUACUCACAAACACCCAAGUCCAGAUUAAAGCAGAGGCCAUGAAGAGCAACACUCACAAAAAAAUGAUCAGCACCGUGAUGAGUAAACUGAAAGAUAAGCUUGAAGCCUACACCCAAUGCUGUCCGGAUAACGGGGUAACAUCUGGUGACAUUUCUGGUUUAACAUCUACCCUGAUAGAAGAACUCAGAAAGAGAAGUCAAUAUCUAGACUGUUAUCUGGACCCUUCUAUGGCUGUUCCACUGCCUGACGCUCCUCUGCAGGGGGCAUUUGCCGUGGCAGCUCGUCCACGGUCCCGUAAGCAGGAGCAGGUGGGAAGCCCAGCUGCGGAUCCCCUUCUCCAGCCCAGCUGCAUGGGAGGUGCCUUCAUGGAAGACAAGGCUGUAGAGGUGGUCAGAGGACUGCUAAGGAUAAGCAAAUCUCAAACCUGCCAAGAUGCCAGUGUAGGUCUUAAAGAGGCAAGCUCAGCAACAGUAACAGCUCCUGCCAGAACAAGCUCUCCUCCAGAGUCAGUUAACUCACAGAGUGUAAGGAGGUUGACCAAACCCACUCGGUUCGAUAAGAAGUUUCAAGUGUUCGGCCCUAAACCUGAUGAGCAACAGGAAAUCCUCACUUUUAAGGGUUUGAUCACUAACAUUCUGUGGGAAGCCAACGACCUUCUCCUUCAGGCGGCUGAGGACUUCUACAAGAAGAAGGAGCGCCGCUCGGUCAGCCGUCCUCAGUAUAUUCAGGAAUCUUUUGAGCUGUGUGCCGAGGACUUGAACAAAAGGCUCCUUGUCUACCAGAGUCAGUCUCACGAGUACCACCGUGGCUGUGUACAAGAGUUCUGUAAGCAGCUGAAGACCAUUGAGGAGAUUGUCUGCGAGAUACCUGAAGCGCUUCUAACAAAACUGAGGGAUCAGCAUUUGGAGGACCUGAGUCGGAGUUUGACGCUCGUCCGCCAGCAGUUUGAACGGACUUGGCAACAAAGUGAAGAAAAGAAGAGAGAACACCGUGGUAAGCUGUGUGUACGUCUGAACCACCCGGCUUGCGAAGAAGAACUGAACAGGCUGGUCGCAGCUGAGGAUGACCGGCAGGAAGAACAGAGGAAGGCUACUGAGAAUAACAGACUGGAACUCCAGGCCUGUAUUAAGAAGAACGCAGAUGCGUUUGUGACUGCGCUCGCCACGUUGACGGAGCACUUGCUCUUCCAAUUGGACAACAUCGUGACCACUGACGAGAUCCAAGGUGGAUCGGUAGAACCAAAGCGGGAAAACAUCACGACGCUUGUACGUCGAACACAAGCGGGUACUCUACAGGAGGAGCGCAAGGAGAGACCUUUAUCAGAGAAAGGGAGCAGAGCGUGGCCAGGAGUUAGUUACUUUGGAACCACUGACGGUUCAUCUGUCAAGCAACAGAAACGAGAGACCGCCACCAUCACUACAGCUAAAACCACAAGGGCACAGCUUAAGGUUAUGGAGGUUCGAAAUGCACUGCAUCAGAGUUAUGAACAGAAGAUCAUGGAGGAGUUGGAGAGCUUGGAGAUAUCCAGGCAGGAACAGGAGGCAGAGUUGUUCCACUGGAAAGAGCAUUGGAGAAACGAACUAAAGAUACUCUCUACACUCAAAUCAGAAUAACUGAGGGAUUAGUGGAGAGAUGUCAGUUAUAUACAGUGCAUCCGGAAAGUAUUCACAGCGCUUCACUUUUUCCACAUAUAUACUUAUGUACAUGUGCUUUUUUGUUUUUUAUUUUUAAUAAAUCUGCAAAGAUUUCAAAAAACUUCUUUCACAUUGUAUUUAUGGGG